CCAUGUAUUUGCAGCAAACUCCGAUUCUCUAAUCCCAAUUCCCAAGAGGGUUUUUCAUUGUUUCCCAAUUUUCCUUAACAUUAUUUAUCUCAGACCAUCGGAUUCCAUGCCGAAGAAGAGAAGGGCUGUUGUUUUAAUCCAUGAUUCAAUCUUGGGUUCCUCUCUGUAGUCGUAUUGAUUGUUUUGAUUCAUUCUCCAUCUUAAUGGCGAAGUGUUUCAGCUUCACCGCUUCAAGGGACUGGUGUUACCGCUACACCUUCGCAAACGCCGGCCUCAGAUCGGCCACAACGGACCUGGGCGAUGGCACGAUGAUGCACUGUUGGGUACCCAAAACCCAUAAACAGAAGAAACCAACUCUGCUGCUCGUCCAUGGCUUCGGAGCCAACGCAAUGUGGCAAUGGAGCGAUCUCCUCCGACCCUUUAUCACCCGCUUCAACAUCUACGUUCCAGACCUUCUUUUCUUCGGCGAUUCGUUCACAACUCGCCCCGAACGCACCGAGUCGUUCCAGGCGCAGUGCAUGAUGAAGCUUAUGGAAGCGCACGGGGUGUCCAAAUUAAGCCUUGUCGGGAUCAGCUACGGUGGGUUCGUUGCGUACAGCAUGGCUGCUCAGUUCCCGGAGGCCGUGGAGCGGGUGGUGCUUUGUUGUGCAGGGGUGUGCUUGGAGGAGAAGGACUUGAAGGAGGGUCUGUUUGUGGUUUCAAGCUUAGAGGAAGCCGCCAGCGUUUUGAUGCCUCAGACACCAGAAAAGUUGAGGGAGCUGGUUCGCUUGUCUUUCGUCAAACCUGCCAAGACCAUGCCCUCUUGCUUCCUUCGCGAUUUCAUCGAUGUUAUGUGUACAGAAUAUGUUGAAGAGAAGACACAAUUGAUUCAGGCCAUACUCAAAGAUAGGAAACUUUCUGAUCUUCCAAAGAUCACUCAGCCAACACUAAUAGUAUGGGGAGAGCAAGAUCAGAUAUUCCCACUGGAAUUGGGGCGCAGACUGAAAAGUCACAUAGGGGAGAAUGCUAAACUAGAAGUGAUAAAGAAUGCUGGGCAUGCUGUGAAUAUGGAGAAGCCUAAGGAGUUCUACAAGCACUUGAAAUCUUUCCUUGUUGAUUCUCUUCAUCCUCCCCCUCCUCCUCCUCAGCUUAAUGGAAACAAGGUGGACUAAAGUCUUUAGAUGGAGAGAUGUUAGAGCUCCCUAGCAAAGCAAGGUCUGUUUCCCAAUCUGGUUUAAAUGUCUAUAUAUGCAAUGCAGAGGAAGUCAUAGGGACAAUGCUGCACCUAUCUCUUGGAGCAAUUUCAAUGUCAAUUGCAGUAGGUGUUGCUCUUGCAUAUGAAGGCAUAAGAAG